AUGGAUAACGAAGUGGAGCCAUCACAUGGUGGUGGUGGAGGAGGCAAAAAGAAAUCAUCAUCAUCGUCAUCGAAGAAACCAAAACCAUCAUCAUCAUCAUCAUCAUCGAAGAAACCACAGAUUUUGAAGGAAGGGGACUCUGAUUAUCCAAAGGAUCUUCCUCCUGGAGCAAAGCACCACGAGAAAUUUUUGGUGGAGGAACUCAGAGAUGUGAUAGACCAAGGAGCUAGGAGAAUCUGCUGGACGGUGGCAUCAACAGGUGGCUUAGCAGCUGAUCUUAAAAUUGAAGGAAAAGUAACAUCUCUCAAGCACUUCUCGCUUCUUCAUUUGCUGGUGGGUCUUUUCGACAAAACGGACAACCAAGGAGGACUCAGAAAAUUAGAGCAUUUGAAGACUUUUAUGGAGGAAAAAGGAGCUAUUCUGGAGAAAGAUUGUAGAUGCAUUGAUCCAAUAGCUGAGAUGAAGAAGAAAGGAGGUGGCCGUAAAUCAAAGCGUGAUAAACCAGUUCUGUGCACCCACAAAGACACGCCUAACAGUGUGUUCAAAGUCAAAAAGCUACACGUGGUUAGCCAAGUGGUUGAGAAGGAUCUUAUCCUUUUGCUCGACAAACGGCCAGUAGCUAUUUCCAUAGUGUUCCACACAGAAUUUGCGAAAUUCAAAGGGGAUGGUAUCUACGAAGGUCCUAAGAAAGGUGUACAAGAGGAUCUUGAUUACCACAUGGUCUUGUGCAGGGGCUACGGAAACUCUUAA